UCAUCUUUUACAGAUAUACAUAAACAGCAGCAUGGUGUUGACUGGCUUGAACAAAAUGAAUCUGACCUUGGGUGUUUUGUUGGGUCUGUUGCUAUUCUUGGGCGCUGGUGAAGCCCAAAGUAACCAAGACUGCUGCCUCUCUUAUACGAAGGAACCUUUGCCUUUAAAGAUUAUUACUGGAUUCACAAUACAGUUCUCCAGUGAAGUCUGUGACAUCAACGCAAUCAUCUUUCAUCUUAAAAAGGGAUUGAGAGCUUGUGCAAACCCUGAAGACGGUUGGGUGAAGAAACACCUUCACCGCCUGAGCAAGAAAAGGAAAGUGUUCAAGAAAAUAUCGCAGUCGCAUGGUUUCUGAAAUGGACCUAGAGGCAAAGCCAGAUCAAACAACCUAAAAUAGGUUGGAAUUCUUUCAUUGCACACUGUUGUGUGCUUGCUGACUGCUAAUCCCCGGAUUGUCUGGAGCCUCCAAAGGUGAUUCAUAUUGCAUCAUUAAUUUUAAACAAAGCACCUCUUAAAAUUGCUUUGUUCACUUACACAGGUCCACAUUUUGCAGCUAAUGGGUGUUUAAAUUGUAUUAUAUGUACUCUAAUAAGGUAUGGCAACCUUCCUAUCUGCCAUGUGAUGCUCAUGCUGGUGUAUUUCACCAUUGUAGGCCAAUAUUAUUACAGUACAUAUUAAUGGUCAUUCAUAAAAUAUGAUUGUGUAUUAUUAUCUCUAGACUGAGGCUAAUGUUUUUACUUACUAUUCACAUAAGAAAUCUAUAUGUAUUCAUACUUUUGAUAAACUGUACUAAAUAACAUUGUUCAUACAGAAGUUAACUAAAACAUUUAUACUGGAACAUUUCAAGUAUAUUUGAAAGACACUGGAAUAUGAACAAGUAAACUUUUUUGAACAUUG